CACAGCCUCCGCGAUUGCAGUGGUGUGCUUGCUUUCGUUUUCUCUUAUACCUCGUUUCAAUACAUAUAUCUAAGUCCGAUCGGCUUACCACAAACCAGGAACGAAAGAAUCUUCCGCCACCAUGAAACUUACGCUGUUCACAUUAUUAGCUUUGUGCCUAAUAGCUACCUGUAGAUCGACUGAAGAGGAAUACGAUUACGAAGAAGAAGCUCCAGCAGCUGUUGUAACCCCAGCUCCAACUAAAGCAGCAGCACCAGCUGCUAGAUUGGGAGGACUGUUAUCGUCGAGAGGCCGAGUCAAUGUUGGAGGAAGAAAAGCAACACCGACUCAAUCUACGACCGCUAAACCAGUCGAACAACAACCAUUAGAAGAAGAAGAAGAAGCUGAGGAACCACUCGAAGAUAUUCAAGAACAAGAAGAAGUCCUCACGACCACUACUGAAUCUUUAAAAAAGGUUCGGGGCGGUGUCAGACCUUUCAGAUCAAACGAGGAAUUAAUAGCAGCGUUAAAGAGAAGACGUGCUCAGACUGGUCCAAUUAGUCAUUCUAAAGAAUCCUCAGGGACACAGGCGGCUCAAACGGAAUCAACGACUCCCAAAUCGAGAACGUCAUCGAGCAAUCGUAACAAAGCUAAUGGAAAUUCAGGAGGAGAAUCAAGGACAACUGCGACUAGCCGUGGUAGAUUCGGUUCAUCGAGAGGUAAACCCGUGCAAGAAGAAGUCGAGGAAACGCAGCAAGAAGAAGUCCAAGUGAAACCUAAACCUUAUCGCAGGGGAUAGAUAUCUAAAGGUUUUUUUAAGAUUAAAAUAAA